AUGAAGAUUAUCUAUAAAUGUGGGUGCGCUCAACAUCAACAAGCGUCAAAAAUUUUCAAAAUUGAAUCAGAUAUUGAAAAUAAUAUUGAUAGAAAUCUUAUUGAUAUAGACGAUACAAUCGAAGAAGACGAAAUUAAAAACAAUACACAUUGUCAUGUUCAA